GUACUUUUUUAAUUAUUUCACACUUUCAAAUGAAAUCGAAGUAUACAUAGCAUGUACUUCAAAUUUCAGUUGUUUUGGCUCGCAAUUUCACAAAACUGCUGCACUGUAUCGAUCAAAUCAAAAAUAUCCAGAGAGGUAAACGCUGGUUACGAUAAGUAACUUUAGAGAGCGCCUAACUGUGUGGGGGCAAAAGUCUAUGUGUGAUCUAAAGCUCUCGCGGAACACACACACUCUCAAAAACGUCCAACAACUUGACCGAGUAGUCGCUUGCAACAGCUACUUUUUCAAAUGCACUCAGACCCAGCAGCAAGAAAUGUUCGUUUCGCAGCAGAGCCGCUUACUGCCCACUAAAAUUCUGCGCUAUAUAUCCUCCAGUUUUACGACGGCGUCAUCGAAAGAGCUAAGAGCGACUUGCAAAAUGUCCGGUGAAGAGGAGAAAUUCAAGAUUCUAGUCACACACCCAGAAGUGCCUCAGGUUGCCAUUGAUCUGCUGUCGCGCAGCUGCGAGGUAAUCGUUGUCCAGAGUUUGCCACCGAAACGUUCGGAAAUUUUGGAGAAGGCUAAGGGUGUACAUGCCUUCUUCUGGGGUGGCCAUGAGGCGCUUAAUGCCGAGGCAUUGGAUGCCGCCGGUCCGCAGUUGAAAUCGAUUUCCACCAUGUCGGCGGGCAUAGAUUACGUGGAUGUGGCGGAAGUGAAGCGCCGAAAAAUUCCGCUUGGUCACACGCCCACAGUGCUCAACGAAGCCGUAGCUGAUACAGCGGUCGGUUUGUUGUUGGCGGCAGCGCGUCGUUUCCACGAAGGCCGUUUGAAGAUCGAAACGAACACCUGGGAGAGCUUCCAUCUGAAUUGGAUGUUGGGCCAAGACUUGCGGGGCUCCGUGGUCGGUUUCUUUGGCUUCGGCGGUAUUGCACAGGGAAUCGCUAAGCGCCUGAAAGGAUUCGACAUUGACAGCGUGCGCUACACGACAAGGCGUCGCGUUUCGGAGGAUAUCGAGAAGGAGUACUCUGCCAAAAAAGUUGAUUUCGACACUAUGCUGGCGGAAAGUGACUUCGUUGUCAUUGCAUCGCCCCUCACCAAUGAGACGGCUGGUGUUUUCAAUGCCAGCGCUUUUGGUAAAAUGAAGAAGAGCGCUGUGUUGGUGAAUAUUGGGCGCGGUGGCGUUGUGAACCAGCCGGACCUGUAUGAAGCUCUGAAAACAAAACAAAUAUUCGCUGCGGGUUUGGAUGUGAUGACUCCGGAACCACUGCCCGCCGAUGAUCCGCUUUUGAGUUUACCAAAUAUUGUUCUUCUUCCCCACUUGGGCUCAGCCACCGAGCGCACUCGCAACGAUAUGGCCACAAUAGCUGCGCAUAAUGUUUUGCGCGGACUGGCUGGUGAACCGAUGUUCUCGCCUGCAUAUCAAUUAUAGAUGAAAUUACAAGUUUUUUAUACAGAUCUAUUCAUUUAUCGAUGUAAAUGUGGAAGUAUUAAAUUGUUGCAAUAAAAUGUGCAAAUGAGUGUAAUU